UUUUUACCGCCAUCGAAGUUUUGUGUCUCUCCCUAGUCUGCUCCAGGCUUCAGCUUGGAGAGCCCAACCGCCACGAUUGAUCCCAGCAGCUGGAGCGGCAGUGAAAGCCCUGCCGAGGACAUGGAGAGGAUGAGCGACUCGGCAGACAAGCCCAUGGACAAUGAUGCCGAGGGGGUGUGGAGCCCUGAUAUUGAACAGAGCUUCCAGGAGGCUCUGGCCAUCUAUCCUCCUUGUGGACGAAGGAAGAUUAUCCUCUCUGAUGAGGGAAAGAUGUAUGGUCGAAAUGAGCUGAUAGCCAGAUACAUUAAGCUUCGGACCGGGAAGACGAGGACUCGGAAGCAGGUGUCUAGUCACAUACAGGUCUUAGCAAGAAAGAAAGUUCGAGAAAUCCAAGCUGCCAUUAAGGUACGUCUGGCUUUGCCCAGUUGCAGGGGGCUUUUCAUUGCCAUGGUUACAGGCUCUUCCUUUGUUUUCCUCCCCUCCCCUACCCCGCAGGUGUCUAGUCACAUUCAGGUUCUUGCCAGAAGGAAAUCUCGUGAGUUUCAUUCCAAGCUAAAGGUUACAAGCAUGGACCAAGCCGUGAAGGACAAAGCCCUCCAGAGCAUGGCCUCCAUGUCCUCGGCUCAGAUCGUCUCUGCCACGGCUAUUCACAACAAGCUGGGCCUGCCAGGCAUCCCGCGCCCAGCCUUCCCUGGAGCAGGGUUAUGGCAGGGUAUGAUAUCGGCUGGUCAAGCAGGAUCCUCACAAGAUAUUAAGCCUUUCACCCAGCAAGCCUAUCCCAUCCAGCCAGUCACAACCAUUUCAAGUUACGAGCCCACAUCAGCUGCAGCUCCCACGGCACCAGCAUGGCAGGGACGCUCCAUCGGUACAUCUAAACUCCGACUGGUGGAGUUCUCCGCCUUCCUAGAGCAACAGAGAGACCCAGACUCAUACAACAAGCACCUAUUUGUACAUAUCGGACAGACAAAUCAUUCCUACAGCGAUGCCCUGCUGGAGUCGGUGGACAUUCGUCAGAUUUAUGACAAAUUCCCAGAAAAGAAAGGAGGACUGAAGGAGCUGUAUGGAAAAGGUCCACAGAAUUCCUUUUUCCUUAUAAAAUUCUGGGCUGACUUGAACUGCAACAUUCAGGAUGAUUCUGGAUCUUUCUACGGAGUCACCAGUCAGUACGAGAGCUCGGAGAACAUGACCAUUACGUGUUCAACAAAGGUCUGCUCCUUUGGCAAGCAGGUGGUCGAGAAAGUUGAGACUGAAUAUGCACGCUUUGAGAAUGGACGCUUUGUCUACCGGAUAAGCCGGUCUCCCAUGUGUGAAUACAUGAUCAACUUCAUCCAUAAACUAAAACAUCUGCCAGAGAAAUAUAUGAUGAACAGCGUGCUGGAGAACUUCACCAUCUUAUUGGUGGUGACGAAUAGGGACACCCAGGAGACGCUGCUAUGUAUGGCGUGUGUGUUUGAAGUUUCAAACAGCGAGCACGGCGCCCAGCAUCAUAUCUACAGACUGGUAAAGGAUUAAGAGGCUCCGAGCUUCCCCUUCCCACAAUCCCCCUCUUUCCAUGGACUUACCAACCUCAAGACAAGUGGCAGUGCCUCUACCUGAAAGUCACACCUACAAUGCUUUUUGGUCAUGGUAUCGGGUGAAGUCAGUUAUAAAUUUGUUUUAAUAUAAAGUGUUUGUUAUUUGACUGCAGCUGUGAAUUGCGGUACAGUUGUUUUAUGUUUAAAUACGGGAAUUCUUGUUUAAAAUAUGUUGAGUUGGUCUCUGUUGGGUAUAAAUGUGGCCGUUUUUAAAGAAUUUACUAGAUCAAUUUAGUAAAUGGAAAUAUGUGUCGUCUUCUUCUGCUUUGUUGUAUAGACUAAGAAAAAAAAAAAGGAUGCUGGGCUUUUCUUUCAGCGGCCUGAUGUGGUCUGUGUAAUAUGUUUGAGUGUGUUUCGUGUGUCUGUAGUUUAUCAUUUGUGAGCGUACAUAAUGUAGAUAUACAGACAUGCACCCACAGCCAAUAGAUUUUCCAAAGAAACUAUACUAACACAACAUACAUUAGCAAAUAGACAGUUGGAAGCAAGUGGUUAUGAAUAUUGCAGAAUUACUGCUAUUUCUUUUAAGAAAAACUCCGCUUUCAGUAGUUAUUUAUAUCUAACUUUUAGACACCAACAGAAUAAAUGCACUGUGAACAUACUACAAACUAUUUGCUUGCAUCUGCUUCAUAAAUGUAGGAAGUCUUACGACCUGCUAAGCAUUUAUUUUCUCUGAGACAACUGAGACAAGUGAAAGUACUGCAGAAAUUACUCAAACCGGACUCAUCUUUGCCUUAGUGAUGCUUACUUUUUUCUGUUAGAUCUGAUCUGUGGUUAACACCUUAAAUAAUCACAACACUAUAGACAGCAGGCCUUGUUCAGUAUGUUGUGGCUUUGCCCCCUGAAAGACUCUCAGAAUAUCGUUCCCCUCUGGGAUCGCGAUGUAAAAACUCCAAACCCGAGUGGUGCUGCCUUCACGUUCCCACUAUGUUCACAUGUUUCUGUGGCCUACACCAAUCCCGAGCCUUAAACAUGUUAUAGCUGUGAGAACUCCAAAAGAUGCCACUUAAACUGUGAUCGCUACGCGGGAAGACUCUUUAUAUGUUUGCAUUGUGUAAGAAAUUCACAAUACUAUCUACCAAAGUGUAGAUGUACAGUGCCUUAGAAUACACUAACAAUACCCUUUUGCUUUGUUACAAGUCUAAAAUCAGUUUUGUGAAUCAAACGGGCAAAAAUAACUCUCCACUAUAAUAUUACUUGGUACAUCUUCACAUCUGAGAAAUUACAUUUCUUAUAAUUGAUACACUCCUCCAAAUGCAGUUUUUGUUGUCAAAAGGCAGUGCUGUACACUUGUUAAAUUAAGUUUACAAAUUUAAGCUCCAACAGUUAUAACACAGGUUAUAUUUUUCUCUAACGUAAUAGGUUUCUUAAAUAUCAGCCUUUUUUCUAAGAGUGUACUAUAAAACACAGACCGACUGCCUUUCCUGCCGUAAAAGACCAAAAAUACAGAGAUACUGUCAAUCUUUUGUCCUGCAUGGUAGCAAGGAAGUGCCUUUGGUUUAAAAUUUCCAGCUUCAAAAAGAUCAAACAGAAAUUAAAAAUUCAAUGUUGCUAGACCAAAAAUGAGACAUAAGUGAAACCAAUCACCACAUUGCCUUUUUAAAGGACUAAUGACAGCCGGAGGAGAGCUGGUUAGUGGUAAAAAAAUAAAUGAUAUAUUCAUUUUUAUCACAUAAAUUGAUUUUGCAAACGAUGUAUUUGAAGAAUACCUAUUUCUUUGCUUGAGGUCAAAGACAGAAAGACCUGCUGAUCACGUACAGCCGCCGCAUGCAGGAUGUAAACUAUGAACACCACAGCUGUUUGCUUCGUGCACACUUGCAGGUUCAAGUGUUUUUAAAAAAAGGUUUUUAGAAACAUGGUUUCUUCUGUUCUUUGACCACGUGCUCGCACAUCACAAUGUUACCUUUGGUGAUGCAGACACAGCUGUGAUGUCGACGACACAACCUUUUAUCAUUUCGUUCUGAAAGUUGAUUUAAUAGUAAUUCUACACUACUAAUUCUAAAAUAAAAAAACUUCACGUGGUCAAAGUUGUUUCCAAAACCUGUUUCAGAAACUAAUUUUUCACAACUGCUAGCGUUGACGAGGCCGUCGAGGUUAAUACUUUUCACCGUAAGCACCAUAGCUACUCAAACAUUUACCGUUUCUUACAAAAACAAUCGUAAUCAUCUAAAGUAUUUUAAUGGAAGAAGCUCUAAAUUAAUGCUGACAAUGUCUCUGGUGGAUGCAGAUAAAGUUCAAUCAAUCAUUCAGUAUUUUGCCACAGUCCUGUGGACACUGUAGAGUUUGUUUUCUUAUGUUUACCCUAUGUAUCUGUUCACAUUUAUUGAUUACUUAGUGAGAUGUUUCUUAUUGUACUUGUAUACAGUCGUACUUGGUUUCGUGAUGACAUCGUCUGUAUAUUGCAAGCCCAAUAACAUGGUGAUGUUGCUGCUGCACUGCUGGUACAUUUUGGGAUGUCUUUUCAACACUUUACAACAGCAGGACUGAUGCCUUCGAUGGCGUCCGGUGGACCAUUUGGAGAGAAAAUGGACACGUUAAAAAAUCGAGGUCGAGGAAUCAUGCUACAAACAUAUCAGCAGUUUAGCUUUUGUUAUUUGAAAUUCUGUCAAAAGAGUAGGUACUGGUACCUUUUUUGUUUUAUGACCAUUUUCAGAUGGUGGCUUUAAAGUGAUUUUUCACAUAGCUCACAUAUAGUUGUUAUACACACAUUUGGGUUUUGUGUGCAGACUUGUUUUCUGUAAAAAGGUGCUUUGUACAAAAUGAUAUAUCUUAGCUUUUCUUGGUACAGAUGUGUGAUAUCUUUUCGUAUUCCAUGACAGUAAAGUGUUGGAGCAAAGGAGAGAAAAGCUCUGCUAUGUUUCUGUGUUCUGCAUAUGGUCUUGUCUUUGCUCCGUAACAUUAUGAUGCCUUCUUGACAAUAGUAGAUAUUUUGUAGCUUUCUAGAUACUUUGUAUGUAUGCAAUAUUGAAGUUAAAUAAAUCAGAA